CGCCAGGAGUCCGAAGUCCCGAGUGAUCGUGACGUAUGGCCAUCGGCUAUUGUUGACGACAGCCAUCAACAGCCAGCGCUCGGAUUUGUCGUGUGUCGUACGCACGCCGUUCGUUGCGGAUCCAAUUUAAUCGGUGACAUUCGGAUCGACGAUCGCGUUUGUUUUUCUCGGAUAACUCUUCAACAUGGGCAACUGUUGCGGCUCCUGUUACAAGGGAUCGUCGUCAUAUGAGGAUCUCACUCCCGAUCGGGAAACUAUACGCAAGAAACAGGCGGAGGCAGCUGAGAGAAGAAUAGCUGAGCAACAACAACGGGGUAUAAAAGAUAUAGAGUCUGUUAAGAGGCAACAGCGACGAGCGCUGGAACUUGAGAAGCGAGAACAGGAGGCUGCUGCUAGUGGUACGCAACCUACGCUGCGGUGGCAGGUACAAUAAAAUGGAGAACUUUAUAUAUUCUCAUACAGAAGAUAUCAAGGUAUUAUUCUAUUCUAACACUUGGCCGACCAAGAUGAAGCAGACCUAACAACACCAACGAUGCUGUUAUAGUCACACAAGUGCAAUCUUACUUUGUAUUAUUUACACAGAAUUAUAGGAGUGGGCUUUGAAUCUUUUUAUUUAACGAGAUACGUCAGCUGAAAUCAAACGAUUGACACUAAGAUUUGUUUUCAGUUGACGUAUAUUUUUUAUCGUAUUUUAUAUACACGUAAGUUUACAAAAAUAUAAAUGAAUAUAUAUGCAUGAUUGAUGCUCUAAGAUAUGACCGACACUAUUACACUCAUUAAAAUUUUGCAUCACAUUUAGAGCUUUAAUUUUGCUUCUGCUUUAAUCCACUAAAUGAGUAAUUCUCUAUUUUCCUUGCUUUAAUCCACUAAAUGAGUAAUUCUCUAUUUUCCUUGUUAUAAUAUAGUUAUAUAAUUUAUGUUACCAAAGAGUUAUAAUUACAAAUUUAGAUGAUAGCUAAGAAUAGCUAUCGAACAAAAAAAAUAUCUUUAUGCAUUGUUAAUUUUACUUUAAUAAAAAUAAAUUUUUAUGAUUGCAAAUUUAGAAUAUAUAUAUGUGCCUAUACUUAAAAAAUGUAUAUCGAGAAAUAAGACUAAAAAAGUGUAUCGUUUGUCACAUGUAAUCUCUUAUGUAUGUAAGUUUCGAAAUACAAAUUUCAUAUCUGUAACGUUCAAUAAUUGUGAUAUAAAAGCAGUUUGAAUUAAACUCUGGUAAUAUAUUUAUAUCUAUAUGUAAUAUUGUAUAUAUAAUAUAUAUAUUUGAGUAAUACAAAAAAUAUACACUUAUUAUUAUUAGUAUUAUUAUAUUAUUACAUUAUAUGUUAUAAUAUAUAUUGUGUUAUAAAAUAGUGAUACAUGUAAAUGUACAAAUGUAAUAUAUCAAAAAUUACAAAUG